AUGGUGGAGAUGUGUCCUAUCGGGUUUACGUUGGCGGUUGCUCCUCACGUCUUCUGGGAUCCGUUGACGGACAAGCAAAAGGAGAAUAUUGCGAAUUGGCUGGCGCAGAUCAAUGCGCGCGAGAUGCCAAAUACCAAUUGGCUGUGGUUCCGGGUUUUUGCCAAUCUGGGUCUGCGGAGGAAUAACGCCCCUUACUCGCUUGCGCGUAUCGAGGCAGACAUGGAUCAUCUGGAUACAUUCCACGUCGGCGCGGGCUGGAGUAAUGAUGGCCCCAAGAGCCAUCACCAGAUGGAUUACUACUCGGGCUCCUUUGCCAUCCAGUUUCUACAGCUGCUGUAUGCGAAGCUGGCUGGUGAUUUUGACCAACCCCGCGCUGAGAGAUACCGCGAGCGUGCGAGGCAAUAUGCCCAAGACUUUGUCCAUUAUUUCAGUCCAAAUGGCAGUGCUAUUCCAUUUGGACGCUCGAUGACGUACCGGUUUGCCAUGGUCGGAUUCUGGGGUGCACUGGCUUUUGCAGACGUUGAGCUACCUGCUCCAUUGACCUGGGGAGUGGUCAAAGGUAUCUUGCUGCGCCAUUUCCGUUGGUGGGCUACCCAGGAAGACAUCUUCAACAGUGAUGGGACCUUGAACCUGGGAUACUCCUACGCAAACAUGUACUUGACGGAAAACUACAAUUCUCCUGGAUCUCCUUACUGGUGCUGUCUGUCAUUUGUUCCCCUGGUGUUGCCGGAAUCGCAUCCCUUCUGGUCAGCGCAGGAGGAACCCUACCCGACUGCCUCCCUUCCGGCCGUCGCAGCCCUUGAAUACCCCAAGCACAUCAUGGUUCAUCGUGGUGGACACUGGUUCCUGCUGUCGUCUGGUCAGGCUUGCCAUUACCCGCUGAAAGCUACCCAGGCCAAAUAUGGCAAGUUCGCUUACAGCGCGUCGUUUGGAUACUCCGUUCCCACCGGCUCCUAUCAGUUAGAACAGCACGCACCAGAUAGUAUGCUUGCUCUCUCUGACGAUGGGGGCGAUAUCUGGCAGACACGAAGAUUGGCACUAAACGCCCGGUUUGAAUGGCUUGAUGAUGUUCCCAUGCUCGUCUCCGGCUGGAAGCCGUGGAAGGACGUUGAUGUCGAUACGUGGCUCAUACCUCCAACCGAGGAGACCGAAAACUGGCACCUUCGCAUUCACCGGGUGAGGACAGAGCGCGAACUCUUGGUUAACGAAGGUGCGUUUGCAAUCUACGGCUGUCGCAGCGACAACGGCCGCAUUCUCGGCCCGUUCACUCCAGGUUCAACCGAAGGUACCUCGAAGGAAUCGCGGCGUGCGCUCACGGUCUCUUCCGUUGGCGCCGUUGGCAUCGUGGAGCUCCAGUCGAAUGUGGAUCGAGAAGGCAGGAUAGUACUGGCAGAUGCCAACUCGAAUCUGAUCUACGGUCGUACUCUGCUCCCUUCGCUGGGCUCGAAGCUCAGUCCCGGGAGCGAUACUUGGUUCGCGACGGCGGUGUUCGCCUUACCAGCUGAAGGAAACGGCAACGACUGA